AUGGCUGCCAGCAAGGGUGUCUUCAUCGUCGGCGCCAAGCGCACUGCGUUCGGUACGUUUGGCGGCAAGCUGAAGGGCGUCUCCGCCACCGAUUUGGGAGUGCUCGCCUCCCAAGCUGCCCUCCAGCACGCCAACGUCAAGGCCGAUGCCGUUGAUCACGUCAUUUUCGGCAACGUCGUCCCCUCGUCCCGCGAUGGUAUCUACCUCACCAGGCAUAUCGGGCUAAAGUCUGGCGUUCCCGUUUCCGCUGGCGCCCUGACCGUCAACCGCCUCUGCGGGUCCGGUUUCCAAGCUGUCGUCUCUGCCGCUCAGCAAAUCAAAGUCGGCGACUCUUCCCUGGUGCUUGCUGGAGGUACAGAGAACAUGUCGCAGACGCCGUUCGUCGUGCGCAACAUCAGAUUUGGCACCGGAUUGGGGCAGAAAUACGAUUUCGAGGAUCAGCUCUGGGACUCGUUGACCGACUCGUACUGCCAGCUGCCGAUGGGAAUGACCGCCGAGAAGCUCGGUGCCCAAUAUAAGGUUACUCGCGAAGACGCCGACAAGUUCGCCGCCCGCUCGCAGACGCUAUGGAAGAAGGCGAACGACGCCGGCGUCUACAAGAACGAGAUCUCGCCCAUCGAGGUCAAGGGCCGCAAGGGACCCGAGCAAUUUGAGGUCGACGAGCACCCGCGCCUUUCCACUCCCGAGCAGCUCGCCAAGCUGAAGCCCGUCUUCAAGAAGGAUGGUCUGAUCAACGCCGGCAACGCCUCCGGAAUUUCUGAUGGAGCCGCCGCGCUGGUAGUUGCUGGCGAUGAAGCCGUCACGACGCACGGACUGAAGCCGUUGGCUAGGGUGGUCGCGUACGCAGCUGCCGGCUGCGACCCGUCGAUCAUGGGCAUCGGACCGGUGCCGUCGAUUCGCCAAGCCCUGAAGCUGGCCGGUAUGACGCUCGACCAGAUGGACAUUGUCGAGAUCAACGAGGCGUUCGCCCCGCAAGCCCUCGCCUGCCAGCGCGAGCUCCAGAUUCCCGACGAGAAGUUCAACCUGAAUGGAGGAGCCAUCGCCCUCGGCCAUCCGCUCGGCGCCUCUGGAGCCCGUAUUUCCGUUCACCUCGUCCACGAGCUUCACCGACGCAACCUGAAGUACGGCAUCGGCUCCGCGUGCAUCGGAGGCGGCCAGGGCAUCGCCGUCAUCUUCGAGCGCCUC